UCAUUUUUCUAAAAACAUUUUGCGUUUUUCUCAUUGUUUUGAAAAAGUUUCCUUGUUUUUACAAUAAGGACAUUAAUCUUAUGUCUCUGUGUUUACUCAUCCAGAUCAAUUUUGAAGAUGUUUUGUCAAUUACCUUCUCCUCAUCUCUCCCCUCCCCCACAAAACAAGAUCAUUGGGAUAUUUUUUUAUCAGAAUCUCAAUAAAAUUAUAAAUUAAUUUUUGGAGAAUUAACAUCUUCUUAAUAUUUAAAUUUUCAAUCCAAGGAAAUGAUACAGCUUUCCACUUAUUCUUUUACAUUCGUGUAAACUUUCUGUAGUUUACAGAUAGGUAAAAAAAUUUCCUUUAAGAUUAUUCUCAGUUAUUUUAUAUUUUUAUUGUUACUAUGAAAGAUAUUUCUAUUAUGAUAAUUUCUAACUGCUUAUUGCUAUAUAUAGGAAUGCCAUUACUUUAAAAAGUAUUUAUCUAAUGUAUAGUUUUUUUACUUAAUACUCAUUCAUACAGUACUUUUUAGUUCAUUCUUAGUUUUCCAGUUAAAUGAGGAUCAACUAGUGUUUUUCUUCUUUAUUAAUACUAUUUAGGUUUAUAAUUGUAUUUCAUAUUUUGCCAGAAUUUUCAAAACAAUGUUGAAAUUUUAAAAAGGAGCCUUCUUUUUUUGUUCACCAUGUCAGUGCUAUUCUGAUACCUAUCUGGAUUCUUCUUUCUUUCACCUCCUUGGCUUGGGAGUUGUGAUCUUUUUCAGUGCUUUCUUUUUUGGGGGGGUGGGUCAGAUAAAAAAGUAUUCUUAGCAUCUGGCAUAUAGCAUCCUCUUAGAUUUGACAGAUAUAUGUAUUUGUGUGUAUAUAGAAUCCUACAUACACAAUUACAUAUUUGUGUUACGUGCUCUGAGUGUUUCUGAGAAGCCUGGGUGGUGCUGUGAAUAGAAACUGAGACCACAGGAGGAACAGUAGGUUUGGAAAAUGAUAUCUACUGAUAGCCACAAGGAUACUGAAGCUCAGUCCAGGAUCUUCUCAAAGGGUUUCCUUUUGCAGGAUGGGACAGAACUCACGUGUUUUAACAUGUGAGACAUGAGAUUGAAUUGACAGCAAACUCAAUGUGAGUCAACACUAAGAUGUAGGUGCCAAAAAUAAUUAUAAGGUUUGAGCCACAUGCACACAAGCGUAGGAGAUGAGGAUAAUCACUGCUGCCUGGAAGCCUGUUACGUGGCUGGCGCUAUGCUAGCUGCUCUCACACACAUGACUUACUUUGUUUGCAUGACAGUUCGAAGUGUCAUGAUUCUCCCAGAGAGCGGAACAGAAGCUUAGUACCCAGAACGAGGCAGAGCAGGGCACGUGCCACAGUUUUUAUGAAGUGUAGGUGAACUGAUUGAUAAACCCAGAUGUGGUCUGACAUGGUAUGGUUAACAGUCAGGGAGCCAGUCACUGUGUUGUAUUAUGGUUAACUUAAGGAGCUGAAAUUUUAAAAAUUAUAAUUGGAGGACUGUUCCCUGCGAGGGCAAAAACAACCAAUCUACCACUGUGCUAUUACCCACUUGCAAGAUUUCGGUUACCAUCUGUAUGCCAAUAAUCCUGAACACUCGUAUCUCCAGUCUGAGCUUCCCUUGGGUAUCCUGUAGACAGGCAGCUCACAUUCAGUCCCAGGGGUGAGAGUUUCCCAAAGACCUCUUGGUAAGCACUAAAUUCAAUCAUUACUGAAUAAUUUUAAUUACUAUUUUAACACAAUUUACUGAGUGCUUAUUAUGGACCAGCCACUGGACUAAAUGUUUUGUAUUCAUUACGAAAUGAAUAGUUGAGUUUUCCCGCUAAUCUUACAAAGUAUAUAUUAUCCCUAUUUUGUAGAUGAUAAAACUGAAAUGAUAAAACUGAGUCAGUAAAUGGUUAGAGUUGGGUUCAAACCCCAGGUUUAUUUGGCUGUAAGUGUAAAUGUGACUUCCCCAAAGUCCUCCAAUUCCCUUUAACUCUGUUUCAGACUUUUUCAACUCCAUUCGCACCUGAUUUCUUCUUUCUCUUAGAUCUCCAUCAGUCAUGUUUGUGUGUGUCAAGAACUUUUAUUUUCAUAUUGAGAUAAAAUUUAUAUUUAAAAAUAUUUAUGUUUAUGAUUUUAUAUUUAUUUAACAAAUGUAUUUAACAAAAUUUAGCACUUAAUAUGUGAUAAAUACUGUCCUAACUGCUUUACCAAUGUUAGCUCAAUCCUCACAACAGUCCUAUGAGUAGGUGUAUUGGUGUCCUAGGGCUGCCAUAACAAAUUGCCACAAGAGAAAUUUAUUUUUCACAGUGUUUCUUAAAGGCAGAAGUCUGAAAUCAAUGUGUCCUUAAUACCGUACUCACUCCAAUGGCUGUAGGGGAGGAUCCUUCCUGCCUGUUUCGGCUUAGGGUGGCUCCCAGCAUUCCUCAGCUUGGAAUGCAUAGCUCCGGUCUUUGCCUACAUCUUCACACACCCUUCUCCUCUGUGUCUUUCCCCUUCUCUUCUUUUGUAAGGACACUUGUCAUUGGAUUUAGGACCCACCCUAAUCCAGAGUGAUUUUAUCCCAAGAUGCUUAACUUCAUUACACCUGCAAAGACCCUUUUUACAAAUAGGAUCACAUUGACAGAUUCUAGGUAAACGUAUCUUUGGAGGAGGGUACCCAUUCAACUCAUCGCAGUAGAUGUGACUAUUGGCUUCAUUUUACAGAUCAGGAAAAGGAACAGAGAGGUUAAGUAACUUCCCUUAGGUCUCACAGCUAGUGAGCAGCAGAGCCAUUUUCUCCUCUUACCAGCUCCCAGGGCCUUUGAUCGUUCAUUUCAAGGUCUCAUCUGCAGGCAUGAAUCUCACCCAGAUAUCUGCAACAUUUGCUGUUGGCACUCGGCCCAGCCACCUGGACUGGUUCUCAUUUUAUACAGGCGACCUCCAAACAUGGACCUGCGUACCUAGUCAAGCUGCGGAACCCCUGUGGAAGAGUGGAAUGGAAAGGAGACUGGAGUGACAGCUCAAGUAUGUGGGAGCUACUGAGCCUCACGGAGAAGAUUCUGCUGCUGAGGAAAGAUGAUGAUGGAGAAUUCUGGAUGACAUUGCAGGACUUUAAAGCACAUUUCAUGCUUCUGGUCAUCUGUAAACUGAGCCCAGGCCUGCUGAAUCAGGAGGUGGUCCAGAAGUGGUCGUACACCAUGCUGGAGGGGAGAUGGGAGAAAGGGACCACGGCUGGUGGCCCGACAAAGUCACCCCGAGACACAUUUUGGAAGAACCCGAAGUUCCUGCUGUCGGUCUGGAGGCCCCAGGAGGGCAGGAGGUUCCAAAUGCCUUGUAGUGUGCUGGUGUCCCUGCUCCGGAAGCCCAGGCACAGGCACCGCAACAAGAAGCCUCACCUUGCCAUUGGCUUCUACCUCUUCAGGAUGAGCAAGAGCUAUGAUGACCAGAGGAGACUGCCUCCCAAGUUCUUCUGGAAAAAUGCUCCCCUGAAUUGGCCUGCGACGUUUCUCAGAGAGAAGGAAGUGAGUCGGGAGCUGUGGCUGGAGCCUGGGACAUACGUCAUUGUGCCCUGCACAUCUGAGUCCCACCAGGAGUCUGAGUUCAUCCUCAGAGUCUUCUCCAGGAAGCGCGUCUUUUAUGAAAUUGGCCGCAAUUCAAGUGUCAUCUUCCCUAAGGAAACUGUAGACCAAAUGGAGGAGGAUGAAUUCUUCACCCAACUCUUUGAAAAGCAUCCAGAAAUAAAUGCAGUCCAACUGCAGAAGAUCCUGAACCACAUGCCCUGGGCAGGUCUAAGGAGUGAACAGCCUCUCUUCAGCCUCGAGGCCUGCCAGGGGAUCCUGGCCCUACUGGAUCUUAAUGCGUCCGGCACCGUGAGUAUCCAGGAAUUCAGGGACCCGUGGACGCAGCUGAUGCUCUAUCAGGAGGUUUUCCACAAGCAAGACACUAACUGCUCAGGAUGCCUGAACUGGGCCCAGCUGCGGGCUGCCAUGAGGGACACAGGAAUCGUGCUCAGUGAUGACGUCUGCCAGCUGAUGCUUAUCCACUACGGUAGCCCUGACCUCCAGAUGGCCUUCGUCAGCUUUGUCCGCUUGAUGCUGCGUGUGGAGGACCUGCAGAUGGCUGACGAUGACUCUGUACUCCUGAGAAGGCUGGACGCUCGUUGGCCCUCACUGAGGACUCUGCAUAUGGCCCAAGGGUGGCCUUUGGUUGAGACCAACCCAUGCUCAACCAACCUACAGUUCUUCAGGACUGUGUCUCCAGCCAUCACCUUCUCGUCUGGAUUUUUGGAGUGUGAUUACCUGAGCAAUGUCCCCCGGAGAUUUUCGCAUCCUAAUCCUUGGUACCUGUGACUAUGUGACCUUAUACGGCAAAAGGGACUUUGCAGAUGUGAUCAAAUUAAGGAUCUUGAGAUGGAGA